ACACGUAGAACUAACGUCACAUUCACAAGACACUUAUGCAAGAGCACUUCGUCUCUAAGAUGAAAAGGUGCGUGCAUUUGCCACGGAAUCACUCGCGGCGACAGACGUUCAACGCGCCUUGGUGUGUGUGGCAGGAAAUUUAGCUUGCUAAGUGGCAAACUAAGAUCUCGCGAGAGCAGCGUCGUUGACUGUGACUGGUCGAGUGUUUGCGGUUUCGACUGAGGGAGAAGGCAGGCAGGCAGGCAGGCAGGCAGCCAGCAUCAUGGCGGAUAGAGACAGUGAAAGUGAGCAGGGAGGAGCAGCCACGGGCCCAGGCUACGGUUCCAUGCACUCGGCAGCGGGAGGGGCGGGCUCGGCUUCCGGCCUCCAGCACGAGACUCAGGAGCUGGCGUCCAAGCGGGUUGACAUCCAAAACAAACGCUUCUAUUUGGACGUAAAGCAGAACGCCAAAGGCCGCUUCUUGAAGAUAGCCGAAGUCGGGGCCGGUGGCAACAAGAGUCGCCUCACUCUUUCCAUGUCCGUGGCAGUCGAGUUCCGCGACUACUUGGGGGACUUCAUCGAGCACUACGCCCAGCUAGGUCCCAGCAACCCGGGCAUGGUGCAGGACGAGCCGCGGCGGGCGCUGAAGAGCGAGUUCCUGGUGCGGGAGAAUCGGAAGUACUACAUGGAUCUAAAGGAGAACCAGAGGGGACGGUUCUUGAGGGUCCGGCAGACCGUCAACCGGGGACCAGGCUUGGGGUCCACGCAGGGCCAGACCAUCGCGCUCCCGGCCCAAGGACUUAUCGAGUUUCGCGACGCUUUGGCCAAACUUAUUGACGAUUACGGGGUGGAGGAAGAGCCCGCGGAGCUGCCCGAAGGCUCGUCAUUGACUGUGGACAACAAGCGCUUCUUCUUCGACGUGGGCUCCAACAAGUACGGCGUGUUCAUGCGGGUAAGCGACGUGAAGCCGACGUACCGCAACUCGAUCACGGUGCCCUACAAAGUGUGGUCCAAGUUCGGGAACACGUUCUGUAAAUACGCCGACGAGAUGAAGAAGAUCCAGGAGAAGCAGCGGGAGAAGCGAGCGUGCGACCUGGAGGAGGAAGAGGAGGAGGCGGAGGAGGAGGAAGAGGUACAGGCGGACGACGGGGACGAGGAUUGAGAUCGUCAUGAAAACAAGAAAGCUAACAUCAACUCUACUGUAUAGAAGAAAGAAAUCUAACUGUAACUGUUUAACUCCAAGGGAGCAUCACCCACAAUAUAAGAACCCACCACAAGCUGACAGUUCUGACAUGUUGUCACUCAUCGCUGGAUGUUAGCCCACUCUUAUCCACCAUUAAUACAGUAACUGGCUGCUAAACAAAAGUAAUAACCUGUAUGAACAUUGUUUCCUACUUGACAAACAAUAUGGAGUCUUUAUUUCCCUUGUUAACUGAGUAAAACAACUUUUUGUACCACUGAAAGCUAAAAACAAACAAAAAAAAAGUGUUUGCAAUGUUGGGAUCUGAGAGCAAGCAUUUCCUUUUCAUGUAAGCUAAUAACUUCAGCACAAGUGAGAUUUUUUUUUCAAAACCAAAAUUCAGAAGGUUUGUAAAACAAACAAACAAAAAAAAAAGGGGUCACGUGUAAUCGCCAUCUUCUGUACCUGUGACCAGAAAUGUGUUUACACACAAAUGAGGGCUAGGCCUGCUUUGGAAACUGGUUAGAUGUCAUGCGGUUUUUCAAAAGGAACAUGUGCUGUCUCGCUCUCUCACUCUCGUGCAAUAUGCAUUGCAUCAAAAUCAAAUCGAUACUGGUCAGUGGUUCUUCAUAUGUUGACCGAGGAAUUUGAAGAAGCAAAUUUUGUCAGUUGAAAUUGUUGCCAUGCAAAUGGUUUUAUUAGACUGCCGUUGGUGUGUCGUCGUCAAUGCGAUGUGUCGGGUUCAAAGGUACUCAAUGCAUAGUAAUAACAUGUAGCAAAUGCAGAGAAAUGAACAAUUGGCCGCAACGUCGAAAUGUCUCAAUGGUGCCAAUUAAGGUGUGCUGUCGCUGCAUGUUUUGUCUGCACUUAAAAAAAGUCAAUUGCGUUGGUCUCCCGAAAUAAUUGUCUCAAGGACCCUUCCAUAUUUUUGCCUGUAUUGCAUGAAAGUUCAACUCCUUGAGGACUGAGUGAUCUCCAUCCAAAAGCUUGACGAUGUUGUACCAUCACACUACCCGGGGAGCCCUUAAGUGAGGUGGGUGUGGAGGGGUACGCCUGGCUUAAGGGUCCAGUUCUAUGACCGCAUGCGCUCUACCUGAUGGGGUUCAGUUCUGGUUCUGUGAAGUCCAUCGAGGACUGCCUGUAAAAGCUGGCAUUUUUCUGCCUUUGUACGAUCAGGCAAAGUCGUAACAUGGGAAUGACGUCCUACCACCAGGGGAGUGAAACUUGACGUCAUCGUUCACUUCCGCCCCUGUUAAACGCAAUUCUUGCCACAGAAUAGUGUUCCAAAAAACAACAUAAGCUUCUUGCGGGGUUUUUUUUUUUUUGAGCAGACGUGAGGCCAUCAGUACUUGUUAGCUUAGACAAAGCUUUUAUUUCUAAGCAUCCCCAUUCAUUGCCAAUUGACUCGCGGGGCGCUUUUUCGUGAAACUGCAGUUAGUCGUACGACUUUCAAGUUGAAGGUGAUGAUCCGAAACAGGCCAAAGUCCGAGCUGAUAAAAUGUCACCAGUGGCUGAAGCUGCCGCUGAUUGGAACUUGAUUAGUUUUGUUUUUGAGAACCUUGCUAUAGAUAAGCUGAGUUGAAUCAACGGCUAACCUAAUAAACGCUGAUGCCUUCACAUCUGUCUGCAUGGUACCUAAAAUGAACAGGAAAAAGUGGGAGUGAAUCUUGGGACAUUUUUUUUGUUGUUUUUUUUUUUAAGUUAAAUAACUUCAAUUGGUAUUUACAAAGGCAGAUAAAUGUUAGAUUUUCUGUUACGGCUAUCUGCAGUAUUUGUGUUUAGAAAAAAAAAAGUCAAAUAUUUCAUUUCAGCUGGCCCACAUCUUCCUGGGGGGGGGUGAUGAUAUACUCGGGCUGCCACACGGAAAAAAAACCGACUGGCUCUUGUCCAGUUCUGUCGCAUCUCAUAGAUGUGUGAUAGCAGUUUUAUAAACUCUUUGCCAGUCACGUUAAGAGAAACUGGCAACAAUCAGAUCUAGUUACCUCAGCAUUGAGUUCAGUGUUUGCUUCCGUGAUGUUUAGAUUUGACUGGAAACCAGCAAACUAGACGACUGUCCUUGACCACCUAUACAUGGUAAAAGCUUACUAGGGAGCGUCCUCUUCAGCAUAUAAAACAACCUGGUGCCUUACACACUCCGCAUGCUUACACGCUGGCCUGGUGCUUUGGAUCGCAAGUUUGGCUUCUUUUCGAUGACCGUUUUUCUUCCAUUUUUUUUUUUUUUUUUUUUUUUUUUUUUUUUUGUCUCGGCCCAGACUCGUGGUGCUAAAACAAGGCAUUGUCCUUCCUUCCUUCCUUCCUUCCCUAAACCUUCAUCACUGCUUAACACUUAUUCCCGCCGCUUAACACUAUUCCCCAGCCAUCCAGGUAUCGGCCUACAUGUAAACAUGGAAGGGGAGGGAGGGGUUCACCUUGAUGCAAGACGAUGCAGAGGAGUUAGCACCAAGCACAUAUAGUAGGAAGAGCAAUGGGCUGAAAGGAUUGGAAAUAGUUGUUGACAAGGCUCCAUCGCCGCCCCUCCACCUUCACCCGCCUGGCUUUUAGGUAGUCGUAUGUUGCCCAUAGCUCAGUUGAUGGGGAGCAGCACGCAUUUUUUUUUUUAGUUUUUAUCUUCUCAGCGUUAUUCCACUUUAUUUGUAACUUCUGGAAUGUUUUCGCCCACAAAAAAAAAUAUAUAUUUUUUAUGUGCAACAUUUCAUGACUGUGCAAUAUCGUAUGUGCCAAUUGUGGCAAUAUAUGUAUGUCAAUUAAAAUAUAUAAUUACUAUUUGAAAAGAUGUGGCUGAAUUCCAUGUUUGUUUCAAGUGAGGGAGUUGUAACCCGCUAUUUGCACUAAAAAAAAAAAAAAAAACCCUCCAUCCUGGAGGGGAAUGGAGGUCAAAUGAAGGUCAUAACAGCCACUUGGUCAAAAGCAGUUCACGAUAACGUCAACAAACGCCACUGCCAGAAUGGCAACAAGCAUUGAAGGAACCUAAAAAAAAAAAAGUUUGAAUGAAAAACAAUUGUAAACUGAAAUCUCCAUUUUAGCUUUAAGCUAAGACAAGGUGCUUGAGUCUAGUCUUCAUUUCAAGUUUGGUGAACUGUCUUCAGUGGUUGUUGUGUGUGGCACUUUGCUUUCCCAUGUAGGUUGUAAAACACCCAAUACUUAUAUCUCGAGAAUGUCAUUAUCUAUUUCAUCUUUGUUUUGAUACAUGAAAUAUAGUGUAUGUAUAUUUGACAAAAAAUUUUUGAGUUUAAUUUUGCCCGAUAAAGAGAAUCUAUAUUCAAAAUAAAUGUAUUUUCAUGUUUCUUGUCGAAAGAAAAAUACCAAAAUGUCAACUAUUCACUGAUGGGGGGGAAAAGUAUGUUUGAUUUUGAUGUAGUAUUUGUCCACACCAUCUGACAUUUGCAUCAAUACUAAUGACUAAAGCUUAAUUUUACAGCCUUAAAAUGCGAAAUUGGUGACAAAACACCUGAUAAUUACUUGUGUCGUCGUCUUAUAGAUAAUUCUAGUACUGUAUGUGUCAUAACAGGCUGUAAAAUAAAGCAUUGAUCUCUGAUCC